ACACAACACCCUUGACCAGACUACAGUCUACCGGUACUAAGGAUAGUGCAAGCUCGCACUGCCGCACUGCCAGCAGUGCAUCUCUCAACACUUACACAUUCGCUUUCACAAGCUUUCAGCGCUUCAGCGAUCUUCGAGCGCCCUUCCAGCGAGUUUGAGCUUUCGUUAGCGAUUCUGCUUUCAGCGCCCCCACGCGCCCUCAGCAGCGCCGCUUUCUGCGGUUACCUGCCACCAUUAGCAGCAGCCAUGGCUUCGCUGCAGUCUGCGCGCAGGCCAGGGGCUCCUUGCACCAGCCCUCGGAGGGCGCCCUGGACAUGCUCGAGCAUGGACCGUUCACAGUCAGCACUCCGAGCGCCCGCCAUCCCCCCCUAUCGGCGCUCGACCUCCGCCCUCCCCAAACCUGUCCAGGCCCCCUCCAGCCUCCGCCCCAUCAGGACAAAACCCGCGCACCCCGUCUCUCCCGCCACCAGCCUCCGCAUGAUCCCCGAGCACUCCCCCUGCUCGUUCAGCUCAGGCAGCAGCCCGUUCAGCAUCACAUCCCCCACAUCGAGCAUCGACCCGAUCCCAUGGGAUGCCGCGCCCUUCAUUGGGCUGGCAGAGGUGGAGGCGCGCAGGCGGCGGGAGUCCCUCGAGGCGGCGCUGAGGAACAGGAAGGUCUUCAGGCCUGCGGGGGUUGCGGGGAAGGGCACCCACAGGAGGGCGGAGCUGCCGGCGCGGCCGCAGCCGUCCCCGCCCAAGUUCCAGGAGUUUCACCUCAGGACGGAGGUGAAGGGCGCUGCGGCGCAGGCGGAGGUGGCGCGGAAGCGCGCGCUCAAGGAGGUGUGCAUCCAGCUGGAGGCCAACCGCUUCCGCGCCACGCCUGCGCCGGAUUCGCUGAAGCGCGGGCCGCCCGUGAUCUUGACACGGACGUCUCCUCUGAGACGGGCGGCCCUGCGGCGGCAGGCGGCAGGGGCAUGUGGCAGGACGGCAGUAGCAGGCACUAGAACACGGCAGUAGUGUAAAGCCAUACACGUAGUUGACCACAUUGCGCAGGCACUGCAGCGGCAGGGCCUGCAAAAUUUAGGUUUCAGAUUACCUCUAGUUGAUCAACGGAACUGCUUGCGUUAGAUACAGACUGCUUGCCUGCUACUGCCAUAGCUUAGAAACUAUCAACUGAAAGGUCGAACUUUGUCCUGCCACAGUAACUUAAUCUGCCCCUGCCCCUCCAC